UUCUGUUUUGUGUAAAGGCCGUUAAGAGGAAACUCGAGUUAAAGUGAAAGUGAAACAGGCUUGAUGUUCGGCACAGUGAGCUCCGAUGGGGAUCGUGUCAGUGCUGUUCGGCCUCGGCAGACACGUUGUGUCCAUGAUGGCCUGGUUCACCUCCACGCAGCUGUACCCGCUGCUGCAGUGGCUGUGGGCCAGACUUUUAAUCUUACGGCGAUGCGUUCAACCCGCUUGUCGUCGGUUGUUUGUAACACUCGGCUGGCGAAAAGAUCCCGUGAGAAGCAUAGAAGUGCCCGAAGAAACCGACGACCAGGAUUCAGAUCCGGUGAGAGAGUGCCCGGAGCAGGUGAGACCCCCCGGCCACAGCGACCGUCAGCCUGGGCCCGGGGACAUCCCCGGGAGGGCCGGGGCCUCCGCCGGAGAGCUGACAGAUGACGAGAGUGACGGAGAACCUGAUGAAGGGGAGUAUAGAGUCGAGACCACAGAUGAGUUGUACUGCGGCUAUGAUUCAACAUGGGAGACUGAGGAGAACCAGAGGAGCCCACCCAGGGGCCCCAACAGGCGGUCAGCAGCGUCCAGAUCAUACAAGUUCAGCAGAUUUGAAAGUGCUGCAAAAGACAUGCAAAACUACAGGCAUGACUACCCUAACAUGUCACAACGCUGGCCAGGACCAGUAUCUGACGACAAGCCUAACCUAAACUUCUACCUGGGAUGGAAGCCCUCUAAGCCUGAUGACAUCUACAUCAACACUUUCCACGACGAAUGGACCGGAAACUAUUACGCACUGGAGCAUGUACACACCUACAUUCAAUGGUUGUUCCCACUGCAAGAACCAGGGGUGAACUAUGAGGCCAGUCCCCUGACAAAAGAAGAAAUUCAGGGUUUUCUGAAUAACAGCACCGUGAAGAAAAAUCUGCUGAAGUCCUACACGCUCAUGCUGGACUUCUAUGGUAUCAAGUUGUGUGAUGAGGGCACAGGAGAAGUCAAGAGGGCGCACAACUGGAGAGAGAGAUUCAACAACCUCGACAAUCACUCCCACAACAACCUGCGCAUCACCCGCAUCUUGAAGUGCCUGGGAAACCUGGGUUACGCCCACUACCAAGCCCCCCUGGUCCGCUUCUUCCUGGAGGAAACUCUCGUCCACGGACAGCUCCCCAACGUCAAGGAGAGUGUGCUCAACUACUUUGUGUUUGCUGUCCUCGAUAGGAAGGAACGCAGGAAUCUCCUCAAGUUUGCCUACUCAAAGUAUGCCCGUCAAGAUGAGUUUGUGUGGUGCCCAAAGAAAAUUCAGAGGAUUUGGUCGAGGCCUCAGGCACAGCAGGGAAUGAAGAGUUUUUGACCAUGAAGGUAAAAUCAAAGACCCGGCAAAUGCGGCUGCCAAAGAAGAAUCUUUCACCGUGCCCCUUAAUCAAUACUGACUCUGUAUAGUAUUUACUGCAUACUAAUGAUCAGAUGUGUAGCUUUACAGUCAGGCUGCUGCCUUACAAUCUCACUACCACUUAAACCGACAUCAGGGACCAUUUAACUGGUUAUUUAACCGGUGGCAUGGCACUAAAGCCUUGUAUUGUUUCACUCUGGUUUCAGUCAUUAGAUACCUCAAUGCUAUGCAUCCUGCAAACAGCUGUGUUUGCAGCUGUUACAAAGAAAAUGUGUUUUAUUUUACUCACCUUUCAAACAAACACACAUGCUGGCCACAACGAUAUCUUUACCGUAGAGGGCAAUGGUGCUCCUUGGUCCAGAACUGCCACCAGAGUCAGCAAAAAAAAUGUUACGUGUUUUUACAUUAAAGUGCCUUGGAGCUGCUUUGAUCUUGGCAAAUAGACGUCAAAAAGUUUUACAUUAAUUGUGUCGUUUUCAAAGGUUUCAUAUUAUGCUAUGUUGUGGUGUGCACAAAUUAAGAAUUAUAAUAACUGAGCAUCUGUUUGACUUCAUUGGCAUGAAACGACUGUUCGUCAUUCUCUCUGAAAUCUGCUGUUUUCUUGAUUGGAAGCUCUAUUUCACACCAAAAUGCCUUAUGUUAUCAUAGACUCCUCACGCUUGCUUUCAUUCCCCUUAAUGUAAUCAUUUUUUAUUUCAUUUUAUUCAUUAACUAAUUAAAUUAUUUACAUUGACCUGAUAAAAUUCACAUAACAUUUGUGUCAGUUUUUGGUCAAAAUACUGUAAAACAGUAGUUGUAAGGUAUUAGAUUAAAAAAAAUUGAGUUCCACUCUGAGAUUCAUGUUGGGGAAUUACAUCAGUGGUUAACUGCAGUAAAGUAAUUGAAUGUUGAAGAAGUGGGAGAUACAGUUGCCCUAAAUUUUGAGUGACAUAAGUUGUGCUAAUUUCUAACACAGCAUGAUUGUCAUACAAAUGCAUUUUGCUUGUUCUUAUAAAUAAAUAAAAAAUAGUGAUUUAAUUCCAACAACA